UUAAUCUCAAGAUUCUCAACAAAAGCAUAUUUGCAAGAAAAGCCAAGUAGCCAACCUUCAGAAGCCGCUUACGUUAAGCCAAAGAUAAAGAUCAAAAUCUGGACUUGCUGCUUCUCGCAGCCAUAAUUUUGUGUCUUCAAGCAAGAAAAAGACACACACUGGCACACACACAGUGUGCUUUUGGCAACAAAUUUCAACGCCAUUAAAGUGAUUAAUGGUAAUCACAAGCAAGCAAGGAGUUGCGAGCUCACUAUUUAACUGCCUCUCUCUCUCUCUCUCUCUCGUCAUCAGCAUCGUCGUCAUCGCCAUUCAUCACUAUCAUCUUUCACUCCAAGAUUGCAAUUUGCGAGCAUCCUUUUUUUCUCUCACACAGUCGCACAUAAAUAAAAAAAACUAGAAAUCUCGGCGCAAGACCUUCUUACCUGGUCGGACCAUUUCCAGGCUGACCAUACACUGGAUACGUCACGGAAGAGAUGGGUGCAAUUAGUCUGUGGCCCGGAAUUUUCUUCUUUUUCAUUGCGCUGAGUGCAUUCUACCAAUCUUCUGCUGAUGGGAUCGAAGCAGACCAACCCGUUGCUCUUUAUGUAAAUGCGUCCGAAGCAUCAGCAAAAAAGAUACCAAAAACCUUGUUUGGUAUAUUUUUUGAGGAGAUUAAUCAUGCUGGAGCCGGAGGAUUGUGGGCGGAGCUUGUCAGCAACAGAGGUUUUGAAGCUGGUGGCCCCAACGUGCCUUCAAAUAUCGAUCCUUGGUCUUUCAUUGGGAACGAAUCAUCUGUGAUUGUAUCGACAGACCGUACAUCAUGCUUUGAGCGAAAUAAAAUUGCAUUACGAAUGGAGGUGCUUUGUGGUGAAGGUUCCAAAGCUUGUCCAGCUGGAGGUGUCGGUAUAUACAACCCCGGUUUCUGGGGAAUGAAUAUUGAACAAGGGAAGACGUAUAAGUUGGUUUUUUAUGGACGUUCAUCGGGGCCCAUUAAUUUGUCUGUGUCACUUACUGGGUCAACUGGACUGCAGAUGCUGGCUGCUACUAACAUUGUAGCCUCUGACGUUUCAAACUGGACUAAGAUGGAAGCUACUUUACAAGCAAAAGGAAGUGAUGCAAAAGCAAGACUUCAACUGACAACAACCAAGAAAGGUGUCAUAUGGUUUGAUCAAGUAUCAUUAAUGCCCACAGACACAUAUAAGGGACAUGGCUUUCGCAAUGAUCUGUUUGCUAUGCUGAAAGAUUUGAAACCGGGGUUUAUGAGAUUUCCAGGUGGUUGUUUUGUCGAAGGUGAUUGGUUAAGAAAUGCAUUCCGAUGGAAGGAAACUAUCGGGCCCUGGGAGGAGCGGCCAGGGCAUUUCGGUGACGUCUGGCAUUAUUGGACUGAUGAUGGGCUCGGCCAUUUCGAAUUUCUCCAGCUAGCGGAGGAUUUGGGUACAUCACCUAUAUGGGUGUUCAACAACGGAGUCAGCCACAAUGAUGAAGUUGAGACUUCCAGCGUCUCCCCUUUCAUAAAAGAAAUAUUGGACGGUCUUGAAUUUGCACGAGGCGAUGCUCAUUCAAAAUGGGGUUCGGUUCGAGCAGCAUUGGGCCAUCCGGAACCCUUUGACCUGAAAUAUGUUGCAGUGGGGAAUGAGGAUUGUGGAAAGAAAUAUUACCUCGGGAACUACCUCAGGUUCUACGAUGCAAUAAAGCGUGCUUAUCCCGACAUCAAAAUAAUAUCAAAUUGUGAUGGUUCUUCCAAGCCUUUGGAUCAUCCAGCUGAUUUUUAUGAUUAUCAUGUAAGAAUUUAUCUUUCUUCUGUCUUUGGAACAGCUCAAAAGUUUGAUAAAGCACCACGGAGUGGUCCAAAGGCUUUUGUGAGCGAGUAUGCUGUCACAGGAGACGAUGCUGGCAAUGGUAGUCUCUUAGCAGCGAUUGCUGAAGCGGGCUUUCUCAUCGGGCUUGAAAAGAACUGUGAUGCUGUCGAGAUGGCAAGUUAUGCGCCUCUAUUCGUGAACACCAACGACAGGACGUGGAACCCGGAUGCAAUUGUGUUCGACUCUUCCCACGCGUAUGGAACUCCUAGUUACUGGAUGCAGCAUUUCUUCCGGGAGUCAAACGGGGCGACCCUCCUUGAUUCUUCCCUUCGGUCCAACCCUUCGAGCUCUCUCAUUGCUUCUGCCAUCACGUGGAAAGAUGCAGACAACAGGAAACACCUGAGGAUAAAGGUGGUGAAUUUUGGAAGCAACAAUGUGACACUCCAGAUUUCGGUUGAUGGGUUGGAGGUUAACUCAUUGCAAUCAUCGGGAUCGACCAAGGUCGUGCUGACAUCUGGCAACGUGAAGGACGAGAAUUCUUUCCAAGCGCCAAACAAGGUGGUGCCGACGAAGAGUCAGCUAGACGAAGUGGGGGAGGAGAUGGAUGUGGUGGUUCCUCCACAUUCUUUGACAUCUAUUGACUUGUUAAUAAACUCCAACCAUAUCAUCACAACUGUGGGAUCUGAUUCUGUUGAUGUAUCUUCCUACUGAGGGAGGGAAUGAUUCUAUCUGGAUAUAUGUUUUAAUGAAUUAAAAUGGUAAUAAUACGAAAAGUAAAUAAGAUGAUGGUGUUUGUUUUCUCA